GUGACGAGAAGUGUUAUUGAGUCCAAAAAAUGAAUUGUUUGUGCAGAGACAAUUCGGGAUCACAAACGCUUUCCUUUAUUAAACUUAAACUCAAGCGUAAUUGUCUUUGGAGAGACAAUUACACUUUGGGUGUGUAAGCCAAUGUGUAACAUGGUGUACACGAAGCUAAAUUCUACUCUUUUCAUGGUCCAAACAGAACCCUUAUGUUCAUUAAUUAAUCUGUCUAAAUAAAGAAACAUAUGGUUCUUGAUAAUUUUUUGAUGAUAGGCUAAGGAGGGAAUCGGUGUUGUGGCCAAUUUCCCAUAACAGAGUCAAAUACAGCCGGCCAUUGUUGACUUGAAACUUGAAAGGAAGAAUUUCCACCAACUCCCCUUUCUAUAGAUUCAUAAGGAAGCAGGCAAAGCUGUAAAGCAAAUCAAACAGAGAUCAGAGAUGGAAAAGGCUGAGUUGAUAUCAAGUUGCUUAGUCGGAGCGGCGGCCAUGGAGGAAGUAGACGGUGGCAUCCCAAGAAUUCACCAAAUUGAAUUGACUCCGUGGGAUCUAAAGUCGAUGCUCCUUGACUACAUCCAAAAAGGUCUCAUCUUUCCUAGCCCCAAAAGCAGCAGUAGCUUUAUAGAUCAUCUGAGAGCCUCACUCUCUUCCACUCUCCACUUUUUCCCGCCGCUCGCCGGCCGUCUCUCCGUCGCAAAGAACGACGACGGCACAACCUCCGUCUUCAUCAACUGCAACAAUCAAGGAGCAGAGUUCGCCGUGGCCAACGCCGCCGGCGUAACUCUCGCUCAGAUUCUCGAGCCCACCAUCGUGCCACGCAUCGUCCAUUCUCUCUUCCCGUUCAACGGCCUCUCCAACAUCGACGGCGUCUCUAACCCCUUGCUCGGCGUGCAGGUGACCCAACUCGCCGAUGGGUACUUCAUCGGAUGCGCCAUGAAUCACAGCGUGGCCGACGCUUCUUCCUUCUGGCAUUUCUUCAAUUCUUGGGCCGAAAUCUCCCGAGGUUUCCGCAAGCCAUCCAUACCUCCCGUUCUACACCCGUGGUUCCCGGAAAACAUGAAAUCCACCGGCCCACUCCGUCUCCGAUUAGAUCUCGACAAAGAAAAAAAGCUAUCCCUUUCUUUCAAACCGCAGCCUUUCCAGGAAAGGGUAUUCCAUUUCAGCCAAGAAAGCAUCGCUAAGCUCAAACUGGAAGCCAAUUCCGAAAUGGGUUUUUCAACAAUCUCCUCCCUGCAGUCAUAUGUGGCCUACCUGUGGAGGUCAAUCACCCGGUCCCGUCGGGUCAACGCCGCCGAAGAGGUCUUCAUAUACGUCCCGAUAGGGACGAGAUGGAGGAUGGAUCCGCCGCUUCCGGAAGGGUAUUGGGGAAACGCGAUUUACAGCAAGAUGGUGAGGGUGAAAGCAGGGGAUUUGCUUGAGAGAGGAUUGGGAUGGGCUGCUUGGCAAAUCCAUCAGGUGGUCGCCGGGAAAAAACACGAAGAGGCGGUGGAGUUUUACGAAAACUGGGUGAGAUCUCCGGCGGUGGCGCGGAAGGAGACUCUGUUCUGUACCAAUUUUCUGGGAAUCGCUAGUUCGCCGAGAAAUGACGUUUACGGGACGGAUUUCGGGUGGGGGAAGCCGGUGGCGGUGAGGUGUGGGAUGGACAAUAAAGCUGACGGGAAGUUCAGCCUGUUUCCGGGAGUGGAAGAAGGGAGCGUGGACAUUGAGGUCUGCCUUCUUCCCCAAACGCUACUUGCUUUGGGAAAUGAUGAAGAAUUCAUGGCUUUCGUUACAACUUGAGCUAAAUAUUAUACCUGGUGCCAGUUUAUUAGUCCAUGUAAAUUGGCUUGUUUGGUAACUUUGGUUCAUGGCUGUAGAAUUCAACUUCUAUUCUUAGCGACUUCUCUUCCUAAAGUGGCCCGGACAGGGGCGGACCGUAAUAGAGACCCAAGGGUAGGGGCCCCUCCAACAAUUUUUUUAGUGUAUAUAUAUACCAAAAAAUAAUUUUCGUCCUCCCAAAAAUAUUUUUUUUUAAGUUAC